AGGGCUGCGGGAGUACAGAGGGGAAGAAGAGAGAGAGAACGAACGGAGAAAUAGAAAAGAGAGGGACAGGGAGGGAGUAGAGAAGACCGUGGAGCCCGCGGCACUGAUGGAACAACAGGAUAUAUAACCGUUCCCUGGACACCGUAUUCCAUGCCUCUCCUCUGUCGGGGCCUCGUCAUUGAUGGGCAACCACUUGGACCGUAUCACCCAUCUCAGCUACAGCGAGCUGCCAACCGGCGAUCCGUCCGGAGUGGAGAAAGAGGAGCUCAGGGUCGGCGUAGCUUACUUCUUCUCCGACGAAGAGGAAGAGGUGGACGACGGAGGAGGAGGAGGAGGUUACCCUUGCGCCAGCCAGGAGAGCCCCGGGGCGGUCAGCGAGCUGGAGUACUCCGCAUUCUGCUCACAGGAAUGCAUCUUCUCCAAGCUCCGCGAAAACCAGGACUUGAACGUGUACUCCGCCAAAACAUUGCUCUCCAUGUGCAAGCCAGGGGACCUUGUGGAGCUAGUAUCCACAUCACAGGCACCACACUGGGCUGUGUACGAGCUCAACGACCAGGUGAUACACCUGCGAGGGGAGAUACGGAAGGACAGCCUGACUGAGAUAGGACGGGGCCGGCGUGGACGGAUAGUGAACAGCCGCUACCGGUUCCGGCCGCUGCCUGCCAACCUGGUCGUGCAGAACGCCACUGGGCACCUCGGCCUGAACAGUGGGGAGAUCUGCUGGACCAACUCUGAGAGCUUCGCCGCCUGGUGCCGUUUCGGGAAGCGGGAGUUUAAAGGAGGCGAGGCACACUCGGCGGCGCAGCAGUACUUCCUCAAAGUGCACUUUGACGCCGGGACUCGGAGUGGACACACGCUGGUGUUCCGUAGCCUGGAAGACAUGAUCUGGGAGCGCAGGCGUGUGGACGCCAACGGGAUUCUGAAAGAGAUGUCUUUAGGGGUCAACGGUGGGAAGGAGUGAUUGAUUUUGGAAUUCUAAUUAAAAUGAUGGCCUAUACCUCUCCUCUUUCUUCUCCACACACACACACACACACACACACACGCACACGCACACGCACACGCACACGCACACGCACACGCACACACACACAGCAAAAGAGAGAGAGAUGAAGAGAGGAAGGACUUGUUGUGUAUGUAGGCUGUCGGCAUACUGCAGGCUGACCGAGGACGGGGCUCUGUGACUCUGUAGGAGAGAGAUGUGAUCAUCAUACUGCAGGCUGACCGAGGACGGGGCUCUGUGACUCUGUAGGAGACAGAUGUGAUCAUCAUGCUGCAGGCUGACCGAGGACGGGGCUCUGUGACUCUGUAGGAGACAGAUGUGAUCAUCAUACUGCAGGCAGACCGAGGA